AUGUUGACCGCUGCAUCCCAAUUUGGCCCUCGGGCUAGGUCCCUCCGGACCAACCAUGCCACCGCAACUGCAUCCGUCCAUCGAGCGCUUGCUGCGUCUGGCGCCGCCACCGUCCAACAGUGUCAGCAAACCCGCGACUUUCGCUUUGGCUGGUUCUUAUACCCCGAUUCGGAAGUCAAGGAGGAAAUAAGACGACGUGAGAAGGCUUUCAAGCAGAAAUAUGCCGACCAACUCAGCCGGCGCCUGGAUUGGGACAAGCAUCCACUCGCGGACGACGCCAGGCACGCUGUGAAGCGCAUGAUGGCCAGUUAUUGGAUUUCUCAUGACGCACGCCCAUGCGGCCGACAGGCCAGCAAGCAACGUACACCCGACAACAAGGACGGCGUGCGUCCUGGCCAGAACAUCGAAGAUGUCGAGCGAGGGGCCAUGGAGCAUCUCAUGUUCGGCAAAGACGAAGAGGGGGCCACCCGGGGGCAAAAGUCAAAGCGAAAACGAGGUGGCAAGAAGAACAAACAUAACUCCGUGCCUCACACUUCCUAUGGCAUAUUCGAGCAUGACGACUAUUUCAUUGACCCGGUUACGAAUCGGAAGGUCGCGAAGCAUGCAGCCCCGAGAAAGCCCGAGAGCGGAGAGGACAUCCCCGUCAAGACGUUCAAAGACUACAGAAGGCGCUGCAGUUCAGGUCACGGUGUUUCGAGCGACGAGCCUUCCACUCACGUGACACUCUACGACCUUAUGAGGCAAAUUGAGCACGCUGAAGCUCAAAAAGACCCAGAACCAGAAUUCAACGACCUGAACAAGUACAAGCCGGUGGUAGAUGACGGACAGCCAGUGACGCAAAAGGAAUCUGUCCAGUUUGAGGACUUGAAGCCCCCGUAUGAGGACCUUCACAAGUACAAUUCGGCAGUAGUCGACGAAGUAGUCGCUCGUUUUGAGAGCGACAAGGCUCCAUACUCGGAUCUGCACCCAUACGACUCAGUCUUUGAACCAGAUGGCGCGUCAAAAGAAGACGCUAAGUCGAAGCACAACGAGCCACACCAAAAGCCUCUUGGCCAUCAAGUCUACUUCCCUGGAAUUGGAGGAUUUGGAGUGGAUUAUCGGCCAUUGGUUGAGAAUCUGGAACCUGCUGACUUUCCUCCAUCCACUGUUGAGCAACUGCGUGAGAAGUACGGGACAGCAGAGCUGCGUAAGUACACAGCUGUGAGGCAUCUCGAGCCAGAGGAGAACUUCUCAUCACCCGCAGAAGGGCGCCUUGCAGAGGAGGCGACCAAGAACUUCGACUCUGAAGAGAUGGCCAAGCACAAGCCUCUGUACUAUAAUGAGCCAGACGGAAACCCUCUGCCAACUGCUGAUGAACGAGUCGUCGAAGACCUCACAAAGAGAUACGAUCCCGAGGAGCUUGCCAAGUACACCCCAGUCUACUGGAACGAACCUGAUGGGCAGCCGAUUGCGGCCGAAGACUCACGGGUUGCGGAGGGCCUGACCAAGGAGUACGAUCCUGCCGAGCUUGCGGAGUAUAAGCCCGUGUAUUGGAAUGAGCCCGAUGGACAGCCUCCCUCUUCCAUGGACGAGCGAGCCGCUGAGGGGCUUACGAAGAAUUACGACCCUGUGGAGCUUCAUGAUUACGAACGACCUGUUCAAUGGAACGAGCCUGAUGGGCAAGCUCCGACGCCAGCUGAGGAGCUGAGCAAGAAAUAUCCUGACCUGGACCAAUACGCACCUAUCGGGUACCAAGAGCCAGGCGGCCAUCGAUCGGGCCAGGUUGAUGCUGCUCAGGAGGGAUUGGAGGAGAUGGACGCGAGGAGAGACUAUGAGAGUGCCGAUCGGCUAGCUUCUGAGGAGUUAGACAGAGCCGACGAGCCGAGCGCCGAGGUGCUGAGAAGGAUGGGCGAGAGACAAGAGAUUGAUGAAGAGUACACAGAGACCAAACGCCGACAGAUGCUGGAACAGCAGAUGAAGAAAUACCAGACAGCAUCAGAUGCGACAGAUUACGAAGCAAGCCUGGCUAUCAAGUUUGCGAGGGCCAGGGCUGCUAAUGUCGAGCCGGAACGCCAACUUACUGGCAAUUAUGUCCGAGAUUUUCCUGAAGAGUUUGACAAGUCCUGGACAGAAACGCUCUCCAAGGCUCCACCCGAGACGGCUCGGCCAAACGAUGAAUUUGUGUUCGAGAGUCAGAACAUGGACGGCGGACUCGAAGGAGCUUUCGGACGGCCGUCGCCAGCUAAGAUUCAGCCCGCCCUCGACAGACAUCUUGAUGAUCAGCCACACAUGACAGAGACAAGCCGGACGAUCGAAAACGAUGACGGUGGCUCGAGUGUUGCUCAGGACUUGACCACUGUGCAUGCUGAUGAAUCCGGUGACACUGGUGUGCCACCGACUUAUGUCAAGCACUACGGGGACGUCUCUGCCUCGGCCGACCAGGCGAGUGAAGCUACGACUCCAGAGACCACUUACCAUGAUUCCACGAAUGAGCCUACAUUGUACAAGAUUUUGGCCUACGAUCCGACCAUGCAGAAGAUCGAAAUUGCCGAGACAUCCUCAUUCGUUCCCGAUACUGCGUCCGCCUUGACACCAGCCGAUGCUCUGCUUCGCCUGUCACACCCUACAAGAUUCUUUCCCCACUUCGCGCCUCUACAGGCCGAGGGCUACGAAAUCAUCUCCGGGACAGGUGACGUCCUCGUGUUCCGCAAAGUCCGGCCAGAGACCAGCAAAGGCAAGCCGGGUGAAAAGCCUCCUGUGCAUGAUCAACAGACCCCCACAGCAGAUGAGUCUGGAGCGGUUGAGACACGUAUCAAUCCUAUUGACAUGACCGGAAGGCCGAGAUUCUCUCCUGCCAGUGCCAACUUUGCGUCACCAACAGGUUAUGUGAACUAUGACAACAUCCCGGAGACUGCAGCUAGCAAGUUGCCGCCUCCUCCUCCGAAGAUCAAGUACAACAUCGAUGUCCAUCGUGAGGAGCCUGUUUUCAGUGGGCCGAAGGCAAGAAGCUCCGACGGGCAAAGGGGCAAGAAGAAGAGCCUGGGCAAGAGACUAGUUGUGGGCGGUGUGUGGGUUGCCGGUAUCAGUUAUGCCCUAGGCGUCAUUACUGAAUUUUUCACCACGGGAGGUAUGGAUGGCAUGGGGCCCACAGGACUGUAG